CUCAACUUCAACUUCGUCAACCAGGUUCAUUGGAAUCGUAUGAAUCCACCUUUCAACAGUACUGAUUGGGAGUAUGUUUUGUUAGCAGUCAGUGAUGGUGUGCUACGUUUUAGUACUCUUUGUUGAAUUCAAAGCUUUCUCAUUCUUUGACUAGAACCGAUUGGAUCGGUACAUCGAAGCGGUCUCAUGUUCCGUAUCCACAGAAUGACGUUGUCGGUGGUAGUUCCACAAGAACAGCUGUGAGGUGGCUUCAGAUCAUUCUGCAGAGUCGAUUGAAGUAAUUGUACGAAUACGCCGUAUCAAUUGAAGUAUCGACAUAAUUGACAUUUAUUCUUCAAGCGUUAAUCAUGUUAUGCCUACGUCGUGUGGAAGCUUAAUAAACAAGUGUCUGGUCCCCUUUCAGCCAUGUCGGCUGUACGCUGUGACGCCGCAGCUCAUCCUGCUUUCAUUUCUGUUGUUCCACACGAUUCUUGCUGUGGAUGAGUUUUAGUGGCACCUUGUUCCCACCCCCUUCGGGACUCUUCUUCUUUGCCGCUUCUUAAGUCCUACUUCUUAGCACUCGACCUGGUAAAUAUUCCAUAUCUUUUUCUUUGUUUCUUUGUUCUUGAGUCCCUUCGCGCUCAUUACCUGACAUUCUAUCAAAUGACUUUGAAGAAUCUUCUGAGAUUUGUAGCCUUGAAAUUUUGCAAGCUGCUCGCAGUGCGAGGUGACCUCUAGGUUAUGUUUUGAUUCCUUCAUUAUGUUCUCUUUUGCCCCUAUCCAUUUCAGUCCUGAUAAGGUUUGAAGACAUAUUUUGUCAUGUUUUGCCGGCUCUAUAGAUUAUGAGAACCUUAAUCCAUUCCGCAUUCUCUUAUCAAGCAUGUCCUAUGGUCCGAUAUGCUCAAGUUCCCACAACCGACGUACGAGCUUAAUCACUGGGUGGGGGACUGCAGCUUCCUUUAUAACCUGUUGAAUGAUCUUGAAUUGCGAGAAGAUAAUAACAUGGAACAGGGGAGUACUAUGGUGUCUAUGGAGGACAGCAAUGGAUACAGGAAUUACGCUUUACAACCGAAGCACAAGGUGUUUUUGAGCCAUAGUGGUGCACAGAAAGGCUUUGUGGAACAAUUAUGCGUGGACCUGGAGAGAUGCGAUCGUCAUCCCUUUUUUGACAAACGCUGGGACAGCUUGCCGAUUGGAGAGAAUUUUCCCGACCUCAUCUUCCAAGCAAUUGAGCAAUGUCAAGUUGGAGUGGUGGUUCUUUCAGAGGAAUUCUUCACUCUUUCAAAGUGGCCCAUGUUGGAGCUGGUGGCAAUGGCGAAUGCCAAAAUGAGAAAUCCGGACUUCAUAAUAAUGCCAGUGUUCCUUGGCAUUUCACGUUCGCAAUGUCGUGAUAGAGAGAACCAUAUGAAAUGGUCAUCAACGUGGCGUAGUUGGGCACAGUCUGACAAUAGAAUUAACAUAGAACACUGGGAGAAUGCUUUACAAUUGUUUGGCCCAACAAAUGCUUUGGUGUACAACUCUGAACUGGGCGAAGUAAAAUUUCGAGAGGAGAUAGUUAAAGCGAUUUGUAAGUGGGUUCCUCCAGAAACAAGACGAGAGGAUUCCCAUGUUCAAGGAAGGUCACGCUUGUGUAAGGUGAUAUGCGAAAAAAUCAAGUCGUGAAAAGUGUCUUCAUCAUAUGGAGUUCGUGUAGUGGGCUUGUAUGGAGUGGGUGGUAUCGGCAAAACCACGAUUUGCAAGGCUCUGUGCAAUGAGUUUUUCAAGAAGUACCGGGGCAGAGUUUCUCAUGCAGAGUUGGAAAGGGGAAGCGAAGAAGAAUUGUUGAAAGAAGUAUUGAGGAGGCUCACAGACACAAAGCCUGAGCUCUUGGAUGCAAUGAAUGUAGACGAGUAUCGCCACCGCCUAAACAGAGAUAUGAGAAAUCUAGGAGUAUUCUUAACAAUAGACAACGUGUCAGGCACCACAAUGGAGCAAGCUUUGACCCUUCUUAAAGCAGGGUAUGGACCUGGAAGUGUUUUGCUAGUGACAGCACGUUCUCUGGACCAACUAAAGUCUCUGAGGAUAGAUACGAAUGAAUGUUUGGAAAUGCCGGAGUUGGAGAUUGACGAAGCGAAGUCCUUAUUUCUUUAUCAUGCUGCAUGUGUCCCUGCCACAAGAAAUGAAGCAGACGAGGAGUUGAUCUUGUUCUGUGUUCGGCGGUGUUGUUUUCGGAAAGGUUGUGGCAUUAGUUAUCAUUACCAUCCACUGGCACUGCAGGUGUUGGGUGAGCAGCUGGGUCGUGUUGGCUAUGUUCCAGAACGAUGGUGGGCACUGUUGAAUGAGAUCGACUUGUUUAACCCUUUUCGAGAACCCAAGCAUCCCGUCUUCUCCAUCUUGAGGAAAAGUUUUGACGCUUUAACUGCUCAGGAUCAGCUUUUAUUCAUGGAUGCGGCCCUGUUCGUACCUUACAGCGUUGGAGGUUACGAUUUUGAUUGGGGAUACAAGUGGAGCGUUUUCGAAUGGCUUGGUAUGGUGCAUGGAAUAUCUGUGGACACUGUGAAGAAACGGUUGGAAAACCUGAAGAGUAAAUCACUCUUGGAGAACCUGGGUGACGGAUUCAGCAGAAUUGGCAUGCACGACCUGUGGCACGAGUUUGCAAAAUUAGAGACAAAAGUUGAGGAAUUUGGAAAUCGGCGUUGGAUUUUUGAGUGGGACGAACACAAUGCACUUGAAGAAGCCAGUCUGACUUGUGGUGGUUCUUCAGUAAACCUCAGGCGGAUGUUUUUCUUGGACAGGGGAUUCAUGAAAUUGGAGAAAGUGAAUUUUAGUUCAUUUCCCAAUGUUACAGUGUUGAAGCUCAGCCGGGACGAAGCCAUGCUGCAGGGUCUGGAUUUGAGCGGACUGAAACAUCUCAAGAGUUUGGAAUUAGAAAGAAGGGAGGUCCCUGUAAUAUUCGUUUGGCAAAGAAAAUCGAAGACUUCGGUCGGACUCGUUGGACUUGGUUCCUUGACAAACCUUGGUUUUCUGAGAUGGAGUAACAUACCAUCGGAUUCACCAUGUAUUGAGGACAUCGGCCGUUUAACAAACCUCCAGGUUCUGGAUUUAUAUGGGGGUGGCAAGCUGCCCGAUCUAAGCAGCCUAUCUUUAUUACGAGUGGCUUGCUUUCGAGAGAAUGAUGCGGCGGAAACCAUAUCAGGCUUAAGCUCAAAGCUGACCAAUUUACGAUACCUGGAUUUCCAAGGAUGCAAGGGGUUGCGUAGCUGCCCUGGUUUGGGUGAAUUAGUUGCGUUGCAAGAACUUCAUUUAUGUUAUUGUCAGAAGCUUGAAGAGAUGCCCAACUUACAAAAGCUCAAAAGGCUGCGGAAAUUGGGCAUGAACGGUUGCAGGUUAAUCAGAGCAUUGCCGGGUUUAGGUGACUUGGUCGCUUUGCAGGAGCUUGAUGCUUCUGGUUGCAAGAAUCUUGCUGAGUUGCCAGAUAUGCGCAAUCUCAGAAACCUGAGGAAAUUGAACUUACAAUAUUGCGAGCUCAUCAAAGCAUUGCCAGGUUUAGAUGAGUUGGUCAAUUUUCAAUCUCUAAAAACGUGGGGUUGCGAGAAUCUUACGGAGUUACCAGAUAUGCGCAAGCUCACAGACCUGCAAACACUGCAAUUAUGGCGCGUACGCCCUCUGAAGUCAGCUGCAGGCUUGGGUGACUUAAUAUCUCUGCGUCAUCUCACCGUCGGAUUUGAUCAGCUGCAAGACUGUCCUGACCUACGCAAGCUAACAAAGUUAGAAACACUCGAUAUUUCUGGGUGGCAAACCGAAGGUUUUAGAAGUAUAGAAAACUUUGUGUUGUUGGAAACAGUCAACGUAUAUGAUUGCAAGGAAAUGAGUACGCUGCCUGAUCUCCAGAAAUUAACAAGAUUGCAGAAACUGGAAUUUUGGAGCUGCGAGUUCGAGGAUAUGUCAGGUUUGAGCAACUUGACCAAUUUGCAGGAGUUGGCAAUUCAUGAUUGCGGCAAGUUGGAGAAGUUACCUGAUCUGCGCAAGCUCACAAGAUUGAAAACGCUUAGGGUCCUUCGCUGUGCAGUGCUGAAAGAUUUACGUGGUGUGCUCGAGUUGAGAAACUUGGAAGUACUUUGGGCUAGUGGGUACGGAUGGCUUCAUGAGAACAUUGGGCCUGAUCUUCACCGGCUUACGAGUUUACGAGUCCUGGAUGUCUCUUCCGGCGGAUUUUCAGAUCUGCACGGGCUUACAGCUUGUUCGCGGCUUGAGAGUUUGUGUUGCAGGAGUUGUCCGAUAGAGGAGCUCCCGGACUUGAACAAGUUUCCACGAUUGAUCAGCCUGGACGUUCGUGAUUGUGGUAGCUUAACGAGGCUGACCUACACCGGGCCCUUGAGUCCUGGAUUGUCAUUCCUCGACGUUCAAGGUUGCAGGAAUUUGACAGCACUGCCAGAUCUUAGGAACUCAAGGUUUAUGAGAGAGCUCCAUGUGGCAAAUUGCGGAGUAGUGUUGAGUCCACAUGACAUCCAGCAAUUGAAAGCAAGGUGGCCUACGGUUCAUUUGGUGACAGAACUCUCUGUUCAAACUGAGUCAGGUACAGUUGAAGUCAGUGGCAAUGCACCCAAGUGAGGCUGGUGAGGCUGAUCAGUUGCUUCUUUUCAUGCUGGUGUGUUGCAGCAGUUCUUAGUGACCCUGGUCUAGCUGCUAUAGCAGAUUACAGACCAUCAGGAUAUGACGCUAACAUGAAACCAUUCUUAGUCAUCGGUGCACCAUAUAUCGACCUAUAAAAUUACCUUCCUGACCAUAGGAGUUGGAGCGACAAGACCUCGCUCCCCACCCACUCCCGUUAAAAUUCACAUCACCCGACAAACUCCUCUCAACGACCCCUGCAUGUUUUCUCUUUGCGCUCUCUAUGCUUACAAGCCAGAAGCUAGGUUGAAGAGCCUUACAUCCUGUGUAAAAGUGCCGGCUUGAGAGAGAAAUUUGUCGGGGUCUUGAUGGAUAUGUAGUUUACUGGUGUAGAGUUGUUUGAUGUGUCCUGUAAGCCGCAACGACAUGAAUGCAUUGCACUCAUGGUACACUGUUACAUUUUUUUUCUCAAAGGAGUUACACCAAUGUAACUCUCCCUUUAAAAAUGCAUGCCAGAUUUUUCUGAUCGUUUGAGAA